AUGUAUACGCAAGCGAUCAAAAUGCCGGUCCAAAAGGAUUCGAAUAUCGUUAAAAUCGCUGUUCAAAUGACUGAUCAGAUGCCGCAGCUCAUUGAGUUCAAUCAAAAACAACCUUUGGCUGGAAUUAUUCAGGAAUUGUGCAAUGGGUGGAGUUUGUCUGAUGCCGAAUCAUACUCUUUACAAUUUUCGGAAAGUAACAAUCAAAAUUAUAUUACGGAGAAAAAUAGAAAUGAGGUGAAGAAUGGCAGUAUUCUCAGAUUGGAGUUUUCACCCUCAAAAACAGCAAGUGAUAUUUUGGCUAAGCUUAAUAGCAUAGCAGAAGAGAAAGUAGCAGCUCUGCAGAAACUGAGUAUACUCAGUAUAGACAUGACUUUUGCUUUGGAAUUUAUAAAUAAAAAAGGAUUAGCAUUAAUUAUUUCACAGGUGGAAGGUGGAAAAUAUAAAGGAAACACCCUUGCAUAUUCCCUUCAAUCAUUUGUGGAAUUGAUGGAUCAUGGAAUUGUAUCAUGGGAUAUAUUAGAAAUCCCCUUUAUCAAUAAAGUGGCAAGCUACGUGAAUAACCAAUCAGUAACACAGGACACUAGUAUAGUGGAAGCUUCUCUAAGUAUCUUAGAAAAUAUUGUUCUAAAUUCAACAGGCAAAUAUGGACAAGUGGAGAAAGAAGUCACUUUUCCUAAUCUUGUAAUGCAUUUGCAAUGCAUGAAUCCACAAAUUCAACAAAAUGCAAUAGCUUUGAUAAACGCGCUGUUUCUGAAGGCUGAUCUACAUAAGAGACGAGCAGUUUCUGCUACAUUGCAAUCUAAACAAGUCAGGAAUGUAUUCUUGACAAAUGUCAUACAAUCUACUGGACAGGUCGGAGCGGAAAUGGCGCAUCAAUUGUAUGUACUGCAGACUCUAAUGCUAAGUCUUUUAGAACAACGAAUGAUGACAAAGAUGGAUCCACAAGAUCAAGACGCACAUGAUAAAAUUAAGGAACUUCGAAGAAUCGCUUUUGAUACAGAAGGUGCAAAUAGUGGAGAUGUAGCUGCUCGCAAGGGACUUUUUGCCAAAGAUUAUAAGAAAUUGGGCUUCAAGUACGACAUCAAUCCUGCUCUUGAUUUUACCGAGACUCCACCGGGGAUGCUUGCGUUGGACUGUAUGGUGUACUUUGCGCGUAAUCAUACUGAAGCUUAUACAAAGGUUGUUCUCGAAAACUCGUGCAGAGCGGAUGAGCAUGAGUGUCCUUUCGGUAGAACAAGUGUGGAACUUGUUAAAUUGCUUUGCGAGAUAUUACGCAUUGGCGAAGCACCCAGCGAACAGGGUCAGUCUUAUCAUCCAAUGUUCUUUACGCACGAUCAUCCAUUUGAAGAAUUUUACUGUGUUUGUAUUGUAUUGUUAAAUAAAACAUGGAAAGAAAUGAGAGCAACUACGGAAGAUUUUGUCAAAGUCUUCUCUGUUGUACGCGAGCAGAUUACUAGAGCGCUUCAAUGUAAGCCAACAGGACUGGAUAAGUUUAAAAACAAGUUACAACAAUUGCCAUAUUCGACAAUCACUAACCUUUGGCAACAGGAAAGAACAAAUAGAGAGGAAUGGGAAAGCCACGCGAGGCCAAUUGUUGAACUUAGAGAACAGAUUACUCCUGAAAUCUUAGAGCUAAUUCAACAGCAGCGAUUAGGAUUUUUGGUGCAGGGUACCAGAUUCAUGAAAUAUAGUGCUAGAGGACAACGAAUUAAAGAUAAAUUCUGGUACGUCCGCUUAUCGCCAAAUCACAAAGUUUUCCAUUAUGGAGAUUGUGAUGAGAAAUCGGUGCCAAUGAUCGACGAACUUCCUACAAAACUAGCAGUAGUCGAGAUUCGAGGAUUAUUGACCGGCAGAGAUUGUCCGCAUAUGAAAGACUUGCAAAGGCGAAAAACUACUCAUCAGUUGGCGUUUUCCUUAGUCUUGGAUUCUGUUGAAGUGUCUAGUCUCGAUUUCGUUGCUCCUGAUGAACAGGUUUUUGAUUAUUGGACUGACGGCAUUAGUGCUUUACUUGGAAAUAGAAUGACUAGCAAAGAAGCUGAAAAUGAUUUGGAGACUUUAUUAUCCAUGGACAUCAAGUUAAGACUCUUGGAUGCAGAAGGAAUCGAUAUUCCGCAAGAUCCACCCGCGAUUCCUGAACCACCACCAAAUUAUGAUUUUUGCUACGAGUUAAAGUAAAAAUUGUAAAUCGUGCUCGUCUAUUACUAUAUAGUUUACAUUACUUUUUUACAGGCAUAUAUCAAGCCGUCUUUGUUCAUAAAUCUUUGUCCACAAACGAUUUUUACACUUUUUUUUAUCUUUCGCAUAUAUUGUUACGAUAGAUUUUGACAUUUUUUCUCUCUCGAUCGUAAUUUCGUAAUUUGUUACGGCGUAU